AUGUCCUCCUCGCGCUUCAUUUGCUGGUGUUGCAAUCAACCCCUGAAACUGAGCUGGCAUGCAGAGGCCAGCACGGCCCAACAGCUGUCUGAUGGGCCAUUUAUCCUGGCUGCGGGCCAGUCAGAGAGGACCCCGGAGGGAGACCCAACUCCCUCGGAGACAGAUACAGCCAAACUCCAGGCUGCUGCUACUGCUGGCCUGUCUUCCAGUGACUGGGUGAGCUCCGUAUUCUGGGGCCAACGUGCUGACACCUUCAGCCUGCUUGGGAAAAUGCAAUCCAUCAGAACCCUCCACAACAUCCAAGAGACCACGCUGGGCAUAUCUGACCUCCUGUCCGGUGAGAGCGAGCUGGACGAGCCCCUGUGUGAGGAGUGCACCGACAGACUCCUCAAACGGCUAGACCGCCACAUCACAACCACGGAAUCUGAGAUUCAGGACUACAAAUGCUUCCUGGAGGGCAAGGAGCUGCCAACUGGGGAGGAUACAGUGGAGGCAUUGCAGAUGGAGCUCAGUGGCCUGGAGCUGGAGGAGAGAAGGCUGGUCCAGGAGCUGGACGCUGUGGAGAAGACCCGGAAGCAGGUAGCAGGAGACCUGGAGGCAGCCCAGGCCGAGACUGAGACACUGAACCAGCAGGAGCAGCAGCACCAUAAGGAGUACAGUGUCUUGGAAUGCCAAGGAUUGGAAUUGCUUGACGAGCUGAGGAGCUUGGAGAACCGGCUGCAAUAUGUCCAUAUUCAAGUGGAUCAGCUGGCAAAAACCAGUAUCUUCAACAUGACAUUUGAUAUCUCUUGUAAGGGCCCAUUGGGCAUCAUCAAUAACUUCACAUUGGGCUGCCUCUCCACAACUCCUGUCAAUUGGACUGAGAUCAGUGCUGCCUGGGGGCAGACGGCUUUACUGCUUCUUGUCCUGGCCAAGAAAAUGGGUCUGGAAUUUCAGAGGUAUCAACUUCUCCCCUGUGGAAACCAUUCCUACCUAAAGUCUCUAACAGAUGAGUCUGAGCUGCCGCUGUACUGCUCAGAGGGCAAGGGUGUCUUGGAGAAUCCGUUUGACCUUGCGAUGGUGGCUUUCCUGGACUGUUUGCAGCAGUUCAAAGAAGAGGCUGAGAAAGUCGGUCUCUGCCUGCCCUACGGAAUCAAUGUGAAGAAGGGCCGCCUGGAAGAGACAGGAGGUAAAUGCUAUUCCAUUAAGACUUUCUUGAACACGGAGACGCAGUGGACCAAGGCCCUUAAGUGCAUGCUUGUGAAUCUGAAGUGGGGCCUUGCUUGGGUCUCUCGCAGGUAA